CCACCAUUCCUCCUCUUUCUUCACUGCCCCACAAACAGCGAUUCCCAUUUCUCAAUUUUCUCACCGGAAACAGUCACGAGCCACCGUCAGGCCCAACUAGUUUCUUUAUCUCUACACCAAAGAUGAGUUCUGCAGCUGCUCUAUACUACGCUGGAUGCGAAGAUAACCACUAUCAACCCCACUUUCUUGAUUCUUGCUCUCUUUGCCGCAGACCACUUGGCCACAACAGUGACAUCUUCAUGUACAGAGGAAAUACACCAUUUUGUAGCCAAGAAUGCAGGCAAGAGCAGAUAGAAACAGAUGAAGCCAAUGAAAAAAGAUGGAAAAUUUCUUCUUCAAAGAGAAGCAAUCACUCCACAACUAAAGAAAAUAAUACCAAGAAAGUUGUACGGACAGGCACAGUUGCAGUGGCUUAAAUACAAAAAUAGUAACAAGAAACUAUCAGUAAUUUCAUAAUUUCCAAGGCCUCUGAUGCACAAAAACUGCUGGAAUUUGAUCUGUAAAUAGAUCGGAGGCAGGCAUCAGAACAAGAGAGUCCAUGUUCUACCAGUAUCACACAACUGUGAUUUUUUUUUUCUUUUUUUGUUUUUUUUUUGUUUUAAACAAUUAAUGGCCCUCUGAUAUUUAUAUAAAUCAGGGGCCUUAAUUGGGAUGCCAUAAACUAUAAGAUCUUUGUAAUCUGAAAUAAUCAGUGAAGAAGAAGGCAUAAAAUUAAAAUCAUAAGGAUUUUUGCAGCUAAUUAUUUAA